AAAACCUAGUCAAAACAGUUUGAGAGCACUCUUCAGAGUACCUGGUCAACUGUUCAUCAUGGGAGACCUAAAGGAGGAACUGACGUGUCCGGUGUGUUUGGAGCUGUUCACCUGUCCGAUACAACUGCCAUGUCAUCACAACCUGUGUCGCAGGUGUGCAGAAGAUGUACUUCAUCCUGAGACGGAUUCUAGUCGGGACGAUGGAGAAGUAGCGGCCCUCUCGGCAGCAGGUGCACCCAGCCCCGAGGACACCCCGGACACCUUCCCCUGCCCGAUAUGCCACGAUGAAGUCAGCUUAGACGGACGCGGGUUGGACGGACUGAAGAAGGAUUUGCUUCUUCAGCACAUAGUGGACAGGUAUGUGGCACAGAAGAAGAAAGAUGAGAAGAUUCCAUGCCAGCUCUGCAAAAGGCCUGCCAAGAUGGCGGCCAAAAGCUGCCUGGAGUGUAAGGUGUCUUACUGUGAACAGUGCCUGGCAGUCACGCACCCUAACCACGCGCCGUUUACGGAACACGAACUCGUCGAUCCAAGGACAACUUUUGACGAGGUCAGUAUCGCAUCAUUUUUGGCGACGCCUCAGGAGCGGAGCCUGUGA